UUCCUAUCAGAGCACGAGAUACAUCUACCUAUAUAGAACGAUCCAUUUAAACCAUUUAAACUGACAGACACAUAUCAGAAUAGCGUGUGUGCUCAGCUCAGCAGAUUUCAAAACCGGCAAUCGUUAGUGCGAAUUCAUCAUUCGUCGAGUCAACAUGGGUAAGAUCCAACUGUACACCGCCAAGCUGAGCCCUCCGGGACGGUCAGUGGAGCUGACCGCCAAAGCCCUCGGUUUGGAACUGGAGAUCCACCCGAUCAAUCUGAUCGCUGGAGAUCAUCUAAAGCCGGAGUUCGUUAAGAUGAACCCUCAGCAUACGAUCCCAUUGAUCGUCGAUACAGAUGGAACGGUCAUAUACGAUAGUCAUGCCAUCAUCAUCUACCUAGUGAGCAAGUACGGAAAGGACGAUUCACUGUAUCCACAGGACGUUGCGACCCGUGCCAAGAUCAACGCAGCACUUCACUUCGAUUCGGGAGUUCUGUUCGCUCGUCUGCGAUUCUACCUGGAACCCAUCCUAUACUACGGAAGCCCGGACACGCCGCAGGACAAGAUCGACUACCUGUACAAGGCGUACCAGCUGUUGAACGAUACCCUAGUUGAUGAGUACAUCGUCGGCAACGGGAUGACCUUGGCGGAUCUGAGCUGUAUCGCUAGCAUUGCCUCGUACCAUGCCAUUUUCCCGAUCGAUGCGGCCAAGUACCCGAAACUGGCCGCCUGGGUGCAGCGUUUGGAGAAGCUACCGUACUACAAGGGCACCAACCAGGAGGGUGCCGAGGAACUGGCCGCGAUCUAUCGCGAGAGGCUAGCCCAGAAUCAGGCCGGGAAGAAUUGAUUGAAUUGUUCGUGGGUGGAUGGCAAUAAAUGAAUUUAUCUACGGUAUAAUUAAA